UCUCUUUCGGUAUUGUGCGAGAGCCUGGUUUAGGAGUAGGGAGGGGGGGAGAGGUCUGCAAUGAAACGAAGAGAAUUUCAUUCUGUUUUACAGGUAAACGACCCAUAGAAGAAAGCGAACUGUGGAAUUUCACGAUAGUUGGUUGUGAAUGCAGAUCUCCACACCUUGUCAGCACUCAUGCCAGAAAAAAAGACACAAUGUCAAUAAAACUUUGAUUUCGUAAAGGAGUGAGGGAAGAUGCAGUCUUCGGGUCACCGACUCCGAGAUGUGGAGCAUCAUCCACUCAUCACAGGAGAAGAGGAUUAUGAUGGUCCCCCAUCUGAAAAUGAAAUUUCAGACCGCAUUUGGUUCAUUCGAGAUGGCUGUGGUAUGAUCUGUGCCAUCAUGACUUGGCUUUUGGUGCUGUAUGCAGACUUUGUAGUGACAUUUGUCAUGUUGUUACCCUCCAAGAACUUUUGGUAUUCAUUGAUCAAUGGAGUGGCUUUCAAUUUUUUGGCGGUGCUAGCCCUUUCUUCUCAUCUCAGGACAAUGCUAACAGAUCCAGGAGCUGUGCCAAAGGGAAAUGCCACAAAGGAAUACAUGGAAAGUUUGCAAUUAAAGCCGGGAGAAGUAAUCUACAAGUGCCCCAAAUGUUGCAGUAUCAAACCUGAGAGGGCCCACCAUUGCAGUAUUUGUAAGAGAUGUAUUCGGAAAAUGGAUCACCACUGUCCUUGGGUAAAUAACUGUGUUGGGGAAAACAAUCAGAAGUUCUUUGUUCUCUUUACUAUGUAUAUAGCAAUGAUUUCAGCUCAUGCUCUCAUAAUGUGCGGCUUCCAGUUUGUCUCUUGCGUAAAAGACCAGUGGAGUGAAUGUAGUGACUUUUCACCUCCAGUGACAGUUAUAUUGAUGAUCUUCCUCUGCCUUGAAGGAAUGCUCUUCCUCACCUUUACUGCUGUAAUGUUUGGAACUCAGAUCCACUCAAUAUGUAAUGAUGAAACGGAAAUUGAGCGGUUGAAGAAUGAAAAACCAACUUGGGAACGAAGAAUGCGGUGGGAAGGAAUGAAAACAGUAUUUGGAGCGAAACCAUCUUUAUUAUGGAUCAAUCCAUUUGCUGGCCUUCGACUGCGACGCAUAUUGAUGAGGACAAGAAAAGGAGGACCAGAGUUCUCUGUUUGAGUCCAAUUAUGUACUGUGUGGAAAAAAUUUUAAAUCGAAAUUGGUCUUCUGUAUGUAUCAUAAGGUGUCAUUCUGGACUACACCCUUAUUUUAAGCUGCAAUUAUAGGAAUAUUGCUUUUUUUCUGCUGGCAGGACUGAUGUCUUACUAUAGUGGACAGCUAGAAUCUCCAUGAGAUUGCCUGAAUUUCCAAAUUUUCUUUUUUAUUUUGAAUAAAUAUUAAUGUGCUUGAUUUGCUUUUUAAAUUAUGAAUUUAAAUAUGCUGUGUAAGCAAUUAAAGAAUUAUGUUAAAAGGAACAUGAUUGCUUCUGACCAUAAAAUUGGUAUUUAUAGGAAAUAUGAGAAUAAAUGGCAAAAUCAUUAAAUUAGUUUUGGAUUACCAAAUGUCACCCCUCAAAAAAGCUGUCUAGAUUCUCAAACUUAAGGUUUAUUUAAAAACAAAGAACCUAACUGAUGAAAUUCAAAUGUGUUUUUUGUGGACUCCAUUCAAAGUCUAUUACUUUAUUGAGAAAGGCAAUUAAUGAUUGGCUAACAUAUUUAUAAAGAUUACCAAACAAAUGUUAUGCCACUGUUAAAUGUAUUUAAGAAUUGAAUUUAUAAUCUCAUAAUAUUCUUACCAAAAUCAAAAGGUACUUAUUUUCAAGUAUGGCACAUUUUAAAAUAAAAAUAUAAUCCAUAACACAGUGUACUUUGAUCCAGCAUUGCCAUUUAUUCUUUAUUUCAUCUCAGUUGGCAAAGUGGUUUUGUUCUUUCUUCUUAAAUUGUGUUUACUCUAAAUGGUUGUCUUUGGAAGAGUCAGCCUUUUGUUAUAGAUUGAUUUCCAUUACGAUAUUGUAACACUACCCGUGGAAUGAAGAACAAUCUGGUUUAUACUGAUAAAUAUAAGAUUCUUCAGGGUUUUUGGAUUUUAAAAACCUGGAGACUGGCUUAAGGAUUUCUUUGUCACCUGCUGUAAAACUUAAUACAGUAUCACUUGUUUAAUUUCAUACAUGUGGAAGGGAGGGAUAAGUAUUUAUGCUGUGUGAGAAUUUGUACAUUGGCUAGCAAUAGCAUGCUCAGCUCGAUGAUAAAAUCUCUCCAAUGCACUGAUUAUGCAACCACUUUUAUAUGUUUAAAAUUAUUUUGUGGGAUUUUGUCUUUUCCUAGUUACUCUUUGAGUUCAUGUGUAAUCAGUAUAGUGUGCAAAACAUUUAAAUUAAAAACAUAGCACAAAAAGUAAAUAACUUUAAUAGUAUCAUGAUGUGUUUAGUAAAUACAAAUAUUUUAAUUGUCAAGUAAAAUGGACAACUUUGCUCACUCAGAAUGAUGCAGGUUAUGCAGUGUUUAAUCUUUUUUCAUAAAGCAUUCAGACAUUCAAUUCAGACAACAUUUAGAUAUUAUGCUGAUUAAGUCUAGAUUCUUAGUUGAUCAUAUUAUAUAUGAUUUAAAUAACUUGCAUUUAUUAAAAUGAUUAAUGAAAGUAAGUCAACUGUAAUUUCACUACCUGUUGUUAUUUAGUACAGUAUUUGAAAACAUUAUUCUUUAAAUAAGGUUCAUAUAUGCAUUUUUUUAAAUUAUGCAUAAUUCUGCUACUUUGGGGAAGUAUAUUCAGUAUAAAAAUGGAAAGAUACUUAAUAACCAUCCUGCGAGUAUUCUAAAACAGAAUUAUCAUUAAGGAAUAUAAACUAAUCAGAAUACAUCAUAUGCAGCAGCAUUUAUAAUGCUAUUAUGUCAUAAGCAUUGUUGCUGCUGUUAUUUUAAGAAAAAUAAACUUGAAUAAUGUAUUGGUACUGUGUAUGGGUAAAAAUGCUAGAUUACUUUGUCAAUAUUGAUAUUGUGUACUUUUACGUUUACAUCAUGAAAUACUUAGGAAAAAUCACUACAGUACUAUGCAAUACUUAAUAACAAUAACCUUGAUCAAAUGACAUUGGUUUUAAAGCAUAGCCUAUAUCUUUAAUGUAAAUCCUUUCUCUGGCUCGUUUAAGCAAAUGAUAAAUAUGAAUUAAUAAGAAGUUAUAUUGUAAAUAAAAAGAACUUCCAAAAUAAGGCAGCUGAGUGCAAGAUGCAUUUUAUUAUGAGAAAUUAAUAAAUGAAGGUAGAUCAAUUAUUUUCUUUAUUUGCUUGUUUCAUAACAGAUACACUUUUAGGAUGGAGUGGCACAGUAACAUUUUUAUUCAUGGUAGUGAUACUGAUAAGUUUAUUUUUUGUGGUCCUGAGUAAGCCUAUGAUUUGAUAGUCAACAUUAUCCCAGUAUUCCAAAGCCCAUCACAGUACAAUGAGUAUUUUAUGGUGAAAAACAAUUUACCUAAAAUCUCUAAGCCUUAUAAAUUUGUGAUGUUUUUCAUAAACCAUCAAGGCAUUAUGAUUUACUGUACGAACAUCUGAGAUUGAAUAUGUUUAAUUACAAAAUAAAUAUUAAAAAUAGUUGAUUAGGUAUGUGUGUAAAAUAAAGUUGAAAAUAAAAUCCACUUUAGUCUAAAAAUUGAUUUGCAAUAGUUUUUUCGGAAGUGUGUUGCCUAUUACUUGACACUGUAAAUCCUGGCAUGUUCAAAACCCUGCAUGAAUAUUUAGUAGCAAGAAGUAAAAAUAAUCUUUAGUAGUAUAUUGUAUUGCAGAAAAAAGACUGAGCAAAGAUUUCAAUUUCUUGACAGUAUAUUUAAUAUUUUAUUAUUGAGCAAAAUGUUAAAGUUGCAGGCAGAAAUGAACAUUUGUAAUUUUUACUUUCUUUAUUACUCUUAACUUAAGUGUGUAAAGAAUUAUUUACCUUAAUCAGAGGGCAAUAUUAAAGUUUUAUUUUAAUUCAUAUCACUAGAUUUAUUAUUUUUUCCUCCACUUACUAGGACAUGCAGUAGAUGAUGUCGAUAUACAUACUUAAUGGCCAAACUAUAGUAUUAAAGAAAACGUCUUCAACUUCUUAAUUUAAAAAAGACUAAACAAAUAAAGAGCAUUUUCAUAUAAAUCAAUUAUUAAAAUAUUACUUGAGGUUUAUAAUAAUCAUGGAUUUUAUUUAUACUCCGAUCAUGAGCCAAACCACUAAAAUAUUUAGCAGGACUAGCUAAGAAAAUAUAUUUGCCAAAUAUAUUAGUAUUUUUAUUUAAACAAAUGUUAGUUUUAGCAUUUUAUGUUCAAUCUACAAGCCAAACUCUAGAUAUUGUUUUCUUUUCAGUUUAAGCUGUAAGUGACUUAGAAUGUACAUUUUACUUUUAACAUUCAAAAUAUAUCCCAUUUGGGUAUGUCUAUACUUUAAAAUGAAUCUAUUGAAAACAAAAUUACUUUACCAACUCCCAGAUGGCUUCAUAUUUAUUUUGUUUCUAAUUAACACUUCCCUAAGAGCAAAUUUCUUAGUAAGAUUAGAUACAGCAGUUACUGGCACCUACAUUUGGUGUACACUAAGUGGUCAGAUGACUUCAAGAAGCAUAUCCAUUAAAUGUUUUCAAAAGCCUUCUCUUUAUACAGGAGAUAAAACUAACAUUAAUACAUUUCUGAAACUGUUAUUGUGAUUCUACAAAGUACAGAGUUUGUUGAUAUUCCAGUCCAUGAUGGAUGUGGCUGGAUUACGUAACAUUUAAAGUGUUGGCAGGUUUCUAAUGUAGUGUUAAAUAGUCAUGUUGCCCAUUGUCCUAUCCUAAGUUUCAAUUAUUUUAUGUAAAUAUUUAAUCUUAUAUAACUGUAUUUAGGAAAAAAAAGUUUAGUGUAAAAUAUCUGAAAAGUGAUUUUUUUAUUACAAUAUCAUGUUGGGUACCUAUUUCAUAUCACCAAAUAUUGUAUAAAAAUACUGGUAAUUGUUUUUCCCUUUCUUUUUUUUAAAUUGGUUUUUAAAAUGGUGCUACAGGGUUUAGUUUAUUUACACAUUGGUAAAUCAAGGCUUCUGCCAAAGUUCAAAAUUAAGUCAUUACACUGCUUAAGCAAAACUUCAUCUUGAUGAAAUGUUGAAGACUACAGCUAAGAUUUAUUUGAGUUACAGAUCUAUUUUAGAAAUAUUAUAAUAUUGUAGAUUACAAAGAGAAAUGCAAUGUAAUUUUGUUAUUGUUUUUUUUAUUGGUAUAUUAACUUAAGCCUAUGUUUGCAGUGUAUUGAUCAGGAUGACUCUUGGAAAACAAAAUAAAUAUUGCAAACAAACUA